CGUGGAGAGGUCGUUGGGCAGCCGGGUGCCGCGCCGCCUCCCCUUUUCCGUUUUGGCCGCGCGGUGGGAAGUCGCUUGCCGAGGGCGGGAAGAGCACCGGGGGUCGCGGCUGAAGCCUUCCCCGAGGGUGGCCUCCAUGGAGGGGGGCGCCGGGAAUACGAAGGGCUCCGGCCUUGGGGGCUUGUUCGGCUCCGGGGGAGUCGGCGGAGCGGGCUAUUCCCAUGCGGACCUGGCCGGCGUCCCGUUGACUGGAAUGAACCCUUUGUCUCCAUAUUUAAAUGUGGACCCCAGAUAUCUUAUACAGGAUACAGAUGAAUUUAUUUUACCUACUGGAGCUAGCAAAACUAGGGGCAGGUUUGAGCUGGCAUUCUUUACAAUUGGAGGAUGCUGCAUGACAGGAGCUGCAUUUGGUGCACUGAAUGGCCUCAGGAUGGGAUUGAAGGAGACACAAAGCAUGGCUUGGUCCAAACCUAGAAAUGUACAGAUUCUAAAUAUGGUGACCAGGCAAGGAGCAUUAUGGGCUAACACUCUUGGAUCUCUAGCACUACUGUAUAGCGCAUUUGGAGUUAUCAUAGAAAAAACACGAGGUGCAGAGGAUGACCUGAACACAAUUGCUGCUGGGACCAUGACGGGCAUGCUGUAUAAAAGCACAGGUGGAUUACGUGGGCUGGCACGAGGUGGCAUGGCAGGACUGAUGCUUACCAGCGUCUACGCGCUCUACAACAACUGGGAGCAUAUGAAGGGCUCAUUUCAAAGGCAGUCGCUCUGAGCAGAGCUGAGAACUAAUUAUCUACUCAUUGAGUGCAUUCAGACUUGGAUCCCUUCAGUGCAACACAGAAUGGAGCACAGUAAGACUACAGAAUUCCACCGCAGUUAGUUUUUGACAAGUGCUGCCUUGUCUGUGAGGGUGAAGACUUCAUCUCUGCAGCAUGCUCAUUUUUGCCCUGGCCAGUUAUUUUCCUUGGAUCAUGUAAUCAUCCAUGCCACGCAGUCAGGUUUGUGUACUGACACAUUGUUUGAGUUGAAUCUAAUAAAAGUUUUUGUCCCUGUAUUAA